AUGUCAGCUGUUGGAAUUAAUAAGGCACUUACACUUGAUACAAAACACAAGUGUACAGCAAUAUCGGGUUUUACAAAACAUGAGAUUUGCCAAAAGCUUUUCAUACCUAGCCCUUCUAAGCAAAAAGAUUUGGCACUUUUAUAUAAUAUAUUUGAGCAAGCGAUAUCUGAUAUUUG